CCCGCUUACUGAACGUGUGGUAUUCAAGGUCACUAUGCCAGAACCCACCAAGUCCGCGCCGGCCCCGAAGAAGGGCUCCAAGAAGGCGGUGACCAAGGCGCAGAAGAAGGACGGCAAGAAGCGCAAGCGCAGCCGCAAGGAGAGCUACUCGGUGUACGUGUACAAGGUGCUGAAGCAGGUGCACCCCGACACGGGCAUCUCGUCCAAGGCAAUGGGCAUCAUGAACUCGUUCGUCAACGACAUCUUCGAGCGCAUCGCGGGCGAGGCGUCGCGCCUGGCGCAUUACAACAAGCGCUCGACCAUCACGUCCAGGGAGAUCCAGACGGCCGUGCGCCUGCUGCUGCCCGGGGAGCUGGCCAAGCACGCCGUGUCCGAGGGCACCAAGGCCGUCACCAAGUACACCAGCUCCAAGUAAACGUGCCAAGCUCCAAAUUCAUCGUGACAUUCAAGGACUUGGGUGUAGCUGACACACUCACCGGUUCCAUCCUCAGGGUAGAAGGAUGAACUAGAAAUGAGCACACGACCAGACAGCACAUGGGCACCCCCACACACCCACUCGCCCAGAAGAUGGCAACAGUGUGUGCUCACCCUCCGUGCUGAGCAAGGUAGAUUGUGCCACCCACAAUUCCGACCACCACUCACUUGCUUCUGGCACUGACAUCACAGGGAUUCGGAACACCCGGGCUGAGGAUUAACUCCAAGAUCUCCCAAGCUGGCUUUGUACCCCUGAGCACCCGCUCAAGGCAAAUACAAAUCCUCUCUGAAGGAAUAAGCUUCAUUUUUGGUCUCAGCAAAUCCUCCACACAUAAGAUAGCAAAGAAAAUGAAAGAGCAGCUUCACAACCAAAAUCAACACAGGAUUCAACAAGACAAUGUAACCAACAAGAAGAGAAGCACACAGUGGAAACAAAAGGAGUAAAAAGAAAAUGAACAGAUACAAACUUCAAGUUGCUAACUUGAAUAUCUUUAAAAAGGACAAGGAAAACACUAAGUGAAAUAUGCUGAGGGAUUAAGAAUACAAAGAAUUUUCCAAAAAGAGUCAAAAGAACCAAAUACGACUUCCAGAAAUGAAGGUGUGGAUAUACACGUUAAUAUACAUUAAUCAUAUGAAAAUUAAAAUUAAAGGCUUGCUAAACGGACCAAAAAAAUCAAUAGGCUCCAGAUGAAGAAUUUUCAUGAAUUCUGUAAGCAGACCUUAUUUAUCCAAAAUGCAGGGAGAGAAAUGUAAAAGUGAGUUUAAGAGAUCUGGAAUUAGUAGUAAAAUUGUCUGCCAUGUAUCUAAUCAUGGCACCACAAGACAACCAGAGAGAUUGAUGCUGGUGUGAGCUUCCAAUGAUCAUGGCUGAGAAUUUUUCAGAGUUAAUGGAUUACUCAUGUAACUCAAAAUCAAUAAAAUAGGGUAAAACUCAUACACCAAAACGGAGGUCACUCUGUCACACUGUGAACCAAACCCCAUAAAUUCUCCCAACAAACGUAAAGCUAGUUUUCUAAUCUGUUCUGCUAGAUGGCAAUAGACUGAAGCACUGUUAUAAAUUCCUGAGAGUGGGAGGAUAAUUGGCAAAUAGAUUAUUUACAUGCACUUGAUAUCUAUCUGAUUACCAAAUUUUGCAAAACCUAAUCAAUAUGUGAUGAUUUAAUGGACUGUUACAUAUAGUACUAUCAUUAGCAGACCAGAAACUUUGAUAUUUUUUCCAAUAACUAUUUCUGUAACUAUUUUAUCAUGGUAUUGUGUUAGUUAAUGUCACACGCUAUAUGCCAUGUUAAGGCAUCACCGUCAUUUUCUUCCUUUUCACUAAAGUGGCUUUAGUAGUUCCUGACUUGUUAAAAACCUGUUUGCUUGCAUGCAUGGAUAUGUAUAUAAUCUGUGUGUGUUGGUUAGUUUCCUUCUAAAUAUAUUUUUAAAGGUUUAUUAUGAA